UGCUUCCCACGGGUCUCUCUUGGAAGACAGAUUUAGAAUCCGAACGCGGGAGAGGAAAGAGGCAGUGGCCCCGAAAUAGACAAGAGGAAGAGCAGAAGGGAAGGAGAAAGCAGCCUCUUCCUAGGGAGGGAUUCUGUCAAGGCCACUCAAACGUUUCUCCGCGGCUGCAAGGGAGAAGAGGUUUGUUUUUCUUUUAGAAAAACGGAGCCCUUUUCCCUACUGGGCUCAAUUUCUAGUAGGAGAACCCCGCCUCCUUGGGCUACCGAUUGGCUCAACUCUUUUUAAGAUAAUUUAUGCCAGCAUCCUCUCGGCCUGAUUGGCUCGCUGGCUCAAUUCUGAUGGGAGUCGCAUCCUACCUGGUUGGGAGGUGCACUGCCUUUCCACACUCUCCCUUCUUGUACUCAGCCAGCUGCUGCUGAGGUGGGAGGAAAAGUCCUGGCUGGGAGAAUUGAGCUAGUGCAGCACACGCAUAGAAAAAGCGAUUCCGAUGGGUCCUUUGAAAGCUUUUCUCUUCUCCCCUUUUCUUCUGCGGAGUCAAAGUAGAGGGGUGAGGUUGGUCUUCUUGUUACUGACCCUGCAUUUGGGAAACUGUGUUGAUAAGGCAGAUGAUGAAGAUGAUGAGGAUUUAACAGUGAACAAAACCUGGGUCUUGGCUCCAAAAAUUCAUGAAGGAGAUAUCACACAAAUUCUGAAUUCAUUGCUUCAAGGCUAUGACAAUAAACUUCGUCCAGAUAUAGGAGUGAGGCCCACAGUAAUUGAAACUGAUGUUUAUGUAAACAGCAUUGGACCAGUUGAUCCAAUUAAUAUGGAAUACACAAUAGAUAUAAUUUUUGCCCAAACCUGGUUUGACAGUCGUUUAAAAUUCAAUAGUACCAUGAAAGUGCUUAUGCUUAACAGUAAUAUGGUUGGAAAAAUUUGGAUUCCUGACACUUUCUUCAGAAACUCAAGAAAAUCUGAUGCUCACUGGAUAACAACUCCUAAUCGUCUGCUUCGAAUUUGGAAUGAUGGUCGAGUUCUAUAUACUUUAAGAUUGACAAUUAAUGCAGAAUGUUAUCUUCAGCUUCAUAACUUUCCUAUGGAUGAACAUUCCUGUCCACUGGAAUUUUCAAGCUAUGGAUACCCUAAAAAUGAAAUUGAGUAUAAGUGGAAAAAGCCCUCCGUAGAAGUGGCUGACCCUAAAUAUUGGAGAUUAUAUCAGUUUGCAUUUGUAGGGUUGAGAAAUUCAACUGAAAUCUCUCACACAAUCUCUGGGGAUUAUGUUAUUAUGACAAUUUUUUUUGACCUGAGCAGAAGAAUGGGAUAUUUCACUAUUCAGACCUACAUUCCAUGCAUUCUGACAGUUGUUCUUUCUUGGGUGUCUUUUUGGAUCAAUAAAGAUGCAGUGCCUGCAAGAACAUCACUGGGUAUCACUACAGUUCUGACUAUGACAACCCUGAGUACAAUUGCCAGGAAGUCUUUACCUAAGGUUUCUUAUGUGACUGCGAUGGAUCUCUUUGUUUCUGUUUGUUUCAUUUUUGUUUUUGCAGCCUUGAUGGAAUAUGGAACCUUGCAUUAUUUUACCAGCAACAAAAAAGGAAAGACUGCUACUAAAGACAGAAAGCUAAAAAAUAAAGCCUCGAUGACUCCCGGUCUCCAUCCUGGAUCCACUCUGAUUCCAAUGAAUAGUGUUUCUGUGCCACAAGAAGAAGAUUAUGGGUAUCAGUGUUUGGAGGGCAAAGAUUGUGCCAGCUUCUUCUGUUGCUUUGAAGACUGCAGAACAGGAUCUUGGAGGGAAGGAAGGAUACAUAUACGCAUUGCCAAAAUUGACUCUUAUUCUAGAAUAUUUUCCCAACAGCUUUUGCCUUGUUCAACUUGGUUUAUUGGGUUGGCUAUCUUUACUUAUAAAAUCUACUUCAUAAGCAAAAGUCAAAAGAAGUUUGACUAAAUUCAAUAGAAUCUUUUGUCCUUCAGUAACUUGAAGUUUAAAUUUAAAAUGCAGAGAAAACAAUGGUUAAAAUGUGAGUAGUAUUGUAACUAUGUUAAGGCCUUCAGAAGUAAAUAAAGUAGCAGGUUUCAGGCUAAUUUACAUGAAACUGAUUAGUUGCAAAAUGCAGUAGAUUAAAAUACUCACCUAUUUUUAUUUAAAUUUUCUUUAAUUUACUUCUAUGUUGUUAUAAUUUUGAAUGUUUAAGUUCUAUGAUUCAUGUUUUAAAGAUGGAAUUAUUUUAAUACAUAUUUUGUUUAAAUAUAAACUAUAAUUGUUUUGUAAUGUGAGACUAAUGACUAAUAUUUAUGUAGCAACUUUUUUGCCAGAAAAAAGAUUGUUAAUUUGUUUUUUCUUGCUUUUCCUUUGCUUGCCCUGCCUGAAAUACAGUUAGUUGAUAACAUAAAGCCAUAGUUUUCUUGGAUUUGCUUCCAAGAUAUUGUAUUCCCAAGAAGAAAUUGAUUUAUUUUUAACCUAUCAAUUACAGAAGACUUAUGAAAAGGUCAACUUUUACCUGUCUUUUAGUCCAGUCCAUUUUCUGGCACAAUAUUAAACAGAACUCCAGUUACAUUUACUUUGGUGAUUUGCAAACUUGGAAAGAAGCCACCAGUCAUUUUUUAAGAAUGUAAGAUGGAAAAAAUCAGGUAAAAUCUAACCAUUUUAUUCUCUGCUUCAUAGCAUUUAUAAUGUAUAAUGAGGUUAACAAUGAAAUAUUAAAAUCUGCAAAUGCAAAUUAAUGCAAAUUAAAUGCAGAGAGAAAUUUUCUUUUCUUUAUGUUUUAUGAAAGUGUUGCAGUCCCUAAAAUAAAAAUAUUGAGGAACGGUGCUUGUAUUUACUCAUGUGGUUAAAAAAUUAUUACCUGGAAAACUGAAUUGCAGGUCAUAUUGAGGACAAAAUCUUAAAUAUGUGCUAUUAGCAUUGUUUUUAGACUAGUAAUAUUCAGAAAACAGUUUUUGGCCUGCAUUACAUAUUGCUUCUUCCAGCUCCAAAGUUUUGGACCCUGUCAGUUUUGCAACUACAUUAUACAUUAUUAUAAUAUUAUUUUUUUCUAGAAACUGGGGGCAGCCUCAAAAUCAUCUUAAAGAGGGAGUUUUGUUAGAGGCAUCUUUAUGAACAUGAGUGUGAGAUCUCUCUAAAUUCUUAGCGUCUCACUGGAUGUAAAAUCUAUCAGUUAAUAGUUUUAAAAAUGCCUCUUUUUUUAAACAGAGAGUUAAAUUUAGGCUUCAAUCAUUAUAAUCCUGUAAGUAGCUUGACAUAUCAAUUGUUUAUAAGAUUCAUCACAUAAAUUUCUGGAGAACAAACAGGUUUUGCCUGGAAAUAACCUUUAAAUGUUGUUUCUGUUGCCAAGACCAAUGAUCAUGAUGAAGAGUUUUAUGAUCACAGCCUAUCUUACUUAAGGUUUGAGAGGGAACCUGUCACCUCUGCAAUUGUCACUCUAGUUUUUAAUGUUAUAAUUCUGCUACAUGGUUAGUGAAUGUCUGGCAUGAUUAUACACAUGUAUUGGAAAUAUAUAGUUUUUAAAUUAUUUAUUUAUUUAUUUAUAGUUUACUGUGUGUUCCAAGCUAACUCUAAUUUUUUUCACUUGCUCAUAAACUUCUGAAAAAAAAAAAAA